AUGUGGGACAGGUUCAAGGGCGCCGUGCCUCAAAAGCUCGGUGGCCGAUCCCAACAGCAGCACAAACAGCGUCCGCAAUUUGGUCUGGACAAGAACGCAUACGCUGGCGGGGCUGGCUACAGCUACUCGGUCCAGGGAGGAGUGCCGCCGCCUCGCCCAGCACGAGAAUUCGAGCAGCCGUUACACUUUUACGACAACUCUGCAUCCGUCAUAGAACAAGUGCCCGGCCAAAGUCAACAUCGCAACUACGCACAUCGAAACUCGGCCGGCUCUAACCGGCGUCCCGCCUCAUCCGUAUACUCUCAGCCAAGUCCUAUCCACACCAGUUUCGCCCCAGUAUCGACGGCGCCGCCAAGGAGGAGCUACACUUUUAACGACGGCGACGAAAUCUCGCCUCCUUCAUCACCAGAAGAGACUACGCCAAGGCAUGGGGCCCUCCCUGUACCCGACAUAAGCCCAAUCGACGAAGACGACGAGAUAUACAACGGCAAAAUGUCUCAACCACCAAGUUUCUCUCAGGUUAUGCGAAACAACAUACCGUCAUUACGUCGCGAGCGUCGUCAAAAAAUGGAUGCCGCCAGUUCGCAACUCCGCGAGUCGAAAUCUCGUGACAAGAUGCGAUUGCCUCAGCCCAAGCCGACCGAGCUGUCGAAACGCGGCUACCACGGUGGCGAAGUGAGAUGGGAUCCAGCCACUGGAGAACUGACUUCGAGCGAGAAGGGAAGACCAAGCCAGGUCAAGCCGGCCGAAUACGCCAAAGAAUUUGGCGAUAGCCCGCCGCGAGCGGCUGCUUCGGCCGCCCCGGCCAUUAGCACAUCCACCCCAUUUGGAGAGCGCGUGAGAAGGAUCGCGCCGCCAGGGUUCGCCACGGGCGGUGCAGAAAAGGCACUGCGUGCUCCUGCUGCCCAAACACCCCCGAGGCGAACUCCGUCUCCCAUGUCUUCACCUACGGCGUACGACCCGGCUGCGAGUGCCUUUGCCGCGGCAGAUCGUCCCGAGUGGAAGGGUGGUAGUGGACGGUCAGCAAUCGUGAAGCCUGUGCACGACACUCCAGACGUGGCCCCGCUGAAGAUUCCUCGCAAGCAGACCAAAAGAAGUUUGGCGAGUCCUGGUGCCACAUCUUCGCCCGUUGCGGCUGGGCUGAGCAACGUCAUGGCCAGCCCCCCUGCUAGCCCGGCCGCCCCUGAAACGCUACGAUCCCCACGCGAAACUAGACAGCAAAUGGACCCCUCGUCGCACCCUCCUCCGCCAGAAGAGCAAGAGAAUGAAGAGGCGAACAUCCCCCCAGCGAAUUAUCCAAGUCCUCCCCAGCCGAGUGGUCAAGCUGUAGCCCCCGAAGAUACGGCAGCCACAUCGCCGAAUCCAAUGUAUCCUCUCAGCCCAGAGUCGACAAGUCCAACUUCGGCAGUUCGAAGGAAGCCUACGCCGUCGCAGCUGUCGCUGCAACAGCAGCAAAACAGCAUUAACUCGAGAUAUUCCCAGAGCGACCCCUUCAACUACGAGACAUAUGCCGCCACAAAUAAACUCCCUCACGCAAAUUCGAACACAUUCAACGCUGGAGCGCAUGGCGAUUGGGCUUAUUUAUCGCCCAAGUCCCCAGAACCCAGCUACGACGCCGCCGGGGCACCGCGAACUCUGGGUGACGACUAUGGACGGAACGAGAGUCCUUCGAGGGACGGGGGUGUCAUGGGCCGUAUGAGGCCCAAGCUUCGCAACGGCGGCAGCGGAAGCACAACUCCUUCCAGCGAUGACGAACCCAUCAAGAUCAGCCUCGGUGGUGGUCAAUGGGCGAACCGAGACCGCAAGGCCCUGGGAAUGGCUGCAGUGAGCUCCAAGUCCUCCAGCGACUAUGACGGCGGCCACGCGCGACGAAGCUCGAUGGCGGGGUCCAUUCACAAGACCCUGCCACCGGCACCUCCCGAGACGACGGCCAAGGACCGCGUCGAUCAACUUAACGCCCAGCUCCGAGGCCUCGCGAACCGGCGCCUCAACCUGACGCGGUGUAUCAAGCAGAUGACGGAGCUCAUGCCGACGGACAACAUAAUGGCGUCGUCGGAGGUUCUGCGCAAACGCGAGAUCGAAAGGAAAAAGGUUGAGGCCCUUAAGAUGGAACUCGCCGAGGUGCAGCGGGAGGAGUACGAUUUGGGCAUCAAGCUUCACCGUGCUUACAAGCGCAUCGACAGGACCGGCGAGUACGAGCCGACGACGUUGUGGGUCAAGCGGGUGACUGGAUACUAG